AUGCCGGCGCAAGAAUUUGCGACGUUCAGUGAUAAAUCCUGUAACAUCACAGGCCUUCGCGGCCUCAUUUCCAAGGGGAAAGCGUCGGCAGUGGUUUGUGUGACUAACAUCAACAUUCCAUGCGUGCGUGCAUCCAUUAUGGGGUCCGGCAAUGUCAGCUUGACUCCCGCGAAAUCUAUGCUGGCUGAUCGGAUCAGGCUUGUUCAGGGCGAGAAUGUGACGUUCACCCGGGUCGUCUUCACCAACUACGACUUCUCUGUAGCUGUUCCUUUGAGCAUCUCGAAAUGCCAAGGGUGCCGCCUCCAAAACGUGAUCUUCGACUCAGUGGUCUUCAGCGGGAACGUAGAAGGCGGGUCAACACUUGUAAUUGAGGAUAGUGACAUGACAAUGGAGGAUGCUGCCUUCAGCGGCCUCGGUUGGGAGGAUGCGGCUGGGGGGAGCGUGGCACAAGUCAUCCGAAUCCACCGCAGUAAUCUCACGAUGUACAACACCACCAUCAGGAAUGUGAAGCUGAAGCAGGGCGUCGCAGCGACCGUUACCCUUGACAAUAGCGCAUUGCUGGUGCGUGAGGGCUCUUCCUGGCAGAAUGUCACGGCCGAUUCCGAUAACGGGUUUAUACUGGCGGCCAGCAACAGUUCAGUGAUGACGCUCGCAGGUUGCAGCAUGUCGGAAAUUACGUCAGCUGCAGCCCUAUUCUAUGUGGCUUCAGGCGCCAGCAUCAGUGUGGAGUCCAGCAACAGCCUGUUUGUUGAGUCCAUUGCCAGCCGGGCAAUCCUGCUUGCAAGUGGCGUUGUGGGUUCAGUCUCCUUUCCGGACGCGCAGGUUCUGAAGGCGGGCAAUCCGACGGGCCCCAAUAAGGAGCUAUCGUUAGAAAAAGCCUGGGACCUUGAUGCUGUCGUCCUAAGUGGUGGUUACACGGGAAGUAGCCCCCUGAAGCUUGGGAGACUUGGAGUUACGGUCAGGGGAAAUAGCAAAGCCAGCUUUGAAGGCUACUCCCUCCUCCGCCUCUCCGUGCUGGAGAACAGCACCGCAGCUUUGCAAAAUAUGUCAUUUGAUGGCCAGUCGGGGGCCCGGCAGCGGUCGGCUUUGCAGUUCAUUAACUCAUUUGGCAGCCUAUCUAACUGCUACUUCCGCUCCAUUUCGUUGUUGGAGAGUGAGGUCCCAGCGGCAGCCACCGUCCUACAUGUUGCAAACUCAACGGUCAAUGUUGCGAACUGCGAGUUUUUCAACAUCUCUUGGGGUACAAAUGGCACACAGGGUAAUAUCACGACAGGUCGUGAAGUGAAUUCAGUGGUGAAUGUAGCUUCCAGGGGAAUCCUGCGGGUGACAGGUACCAGCUUCCGUGCCAUUGAUGGCAGAGGAUCUGCUCUCCGUGCUGUCGAUGGUUCAAUUCUUGAUAUGAUAGGUGUCAUCAUUACAGACACCAAUGUCAGCGAGUCAUCACAUAGACACAAUGCAGCUGUCAUGGUGUUGGCGGGCAGCUCCCUGAUCGCUCGUUACUCGGCCUGGAGCAACAUAUCUAGCAACCCUAACAUACCUAGCAAUGGCGCAGCAAUCUUCGCGAGCAGCACCGGGGGUAUCGCGCUAGCUGGCUGCAAUUUCACUGAAAUUACAAACUUAGCAGCCCCGGUAGCUCACUUCUUGGACCAAGCAGGGGAGGUUAGUAUAAUUGGCUGUAUCUGGCGUAAUGUAGGGAAAGUGAGCGGGGUAUUAUGGUUCCAGAACCUGGCUGGGAACCUCACCAUCAACCGCUCGCAGUUUAGCGAAUGCAGCUCUUGGAGUGGGGAUUACAGUGGCAGGGGCAUAGUGGGCCUGUCUGACUGCUCUGCUGCUGGUGGUAGUGGUGGCAAAAUGCCUAACGUCCGUAUUUCGGAAGUGGGCUUCUACAACAACAUAGCUUUUGCUGGAGGCGGCCUUAUGGUGUCUCGAUGCUCCGUAUACGUUACCAACAGUUCUUUUACCGGCAAUGUGGCUACGUCACCUUUGUUGGGUGGAGGCGCUGCCUAUAUUCAGGCUGGCAGCAUGAACUUCACGUUCUCCCAGUUCACGUCUAACAGCGCUUCAGGCUUUGGCGGAGCAUUGUACACCAGUACUGGGGCUAAUCUGAGCUGCAGCGGUUGCACGUUUAGUUUGAAUACUGUUGGUAGCGAACAGGCAGGGUCAGCACAACUCGGCAACAGCCAGGCCAAUGGCAGUGGUGGUGCCAUCUUUGCAGAUUCCAGCAACUUGUACCUUGAUACAUGCGAGUUCGCACUCAAUACUGUACAGCAGGGUCCUGGUGGCGGUGGCGCCAUCGCCGUUCGCAAUGCUUCAUUGCUGUCCAUUAGCACCACUGUCAGCUUCAUAGGCAACAAUGCAUUGGUUGGCGGCGCGAUCUCGAGUCGAGACUCCACAUUAAACCUUAUCUUCACAAGCUUCUUCAACAACUCUGCUGCUGAACGCUAUGGUGGUGCAGUGUUCGCCUCCCGCAGCCGCCUAACAUUGCUAUACUGCGUCCUGACGGGUAACAGCGCCAAACAAGGAGGGGCGUUGUGUGUGGAUUGCGAUAGUCAAGGUAACAAUAGCCAGCAGGAGGGUGCGGUGUUACGACGUAUCCCCUUCGACACCACCAUGGCGCCUACAAAUGCAACAUACCUGAUGUUAAGCAGCAAGCUGCUUGAUGUCUUCAACAGCUCGCCGACACGAAUCGACCGCUGCACCUUCACACAGAACACCUGCAAAGGUGGCGCUUCUGAUGACUCUGCUGGUGGUGCAAUGCUAGCCAAUGGCCCUGUUUUUAUCCAAGCGUCACAGUUUAUUGGCAACAGCUGCCCUAGAGGUGGCGCCGUAGCCUUCGGCUCGGGCCAGCAGCUCAUCGGCACCAGCAGCGAUUGGGUGGCUGUUACUCUGAGCAGCUUUCGGUUUAACCGUGCAGACACCCGUGGCGGCGCUGAGCAAGUGGCGGUUCGAUUGAGGCAAGUUAACUUGGUGCUGCUCAAGAUGUGUGUGACCAUUUGUUUUUCACUGGAAUCGGCUGGGGUGGAGGCACGCAUGGGGUGGGCCCUCGACCUGCUGGAAAACAACUUCACGGCCAACGGCAACUCCAACUCCAGCCUUGUGGGCGGUGCAGUGUACUUGGAGCAGUGCGCCAACCUUCAGACAGAUGUUGCUGGCUAUCCAAACGUCGCCUCGGUGCGCAACAACUUUGUCGAGAAUUUUGGUGACAGCUUCCUGCUGGCUCCAUACGAUCCGCCGUUUGCAUGUUGUUUGUUGUCGUCGCAUUGCAUAUCGUUCUUCGAUAUUUGCUUCUGCCCAGCAGGAUCAAGCCUGCAGCAUCCUCCUCCUGUUCCCGGGGUCUACAUGAUGCGUGGCGUCUACGCAGAGAGCAAUUACGCAGGAGGCUCCGGCGGCGCACUCUUGGUCAGCGGCAACAGAGUGAACAUCUUGGACUCUGUUUUUGUGAACAAUUCUGCAGAGGGCGCCGGUGGAGCGCUGAUGGUUUCGCAGUCGUCUCCGUCGUCUGCGCUUCGGGUGCUCCAGCGCGAUGCGACGGAGCCGUCUUACUCUACCGCGGAGUACGAAUUCUUCCGGACAAGCAUCGUGGAUAUUACAUUCACCGGGAACAGCGCUAUCACUGGCGGUGGCGCCAUCUACUCGGAAACGUCCCGAAUGCUCGUCGAGGACAGCACCUUUGACAGCAACACCGUGGGCGACGGUAUAACUACUGAUGUGUGCUGUGAGAAAUUCGCCAAGUCAUAGUGUACCACCUACAAGUUUUAGUGUACCUCACACCCCCGGGAUCCCUAACAAAGCUGCCUUCAACCACUUCGCCUGGUCGCCUUACUCGCACCCUCUCACAACUCAAGAGCGCCAAACCAAAAAACAGAAAGAAAAUCAUCUCCGGCGGCGGCAGGGAUCCACACUGGGUGCUUUGCUGCAAACUCAAAAGACGAGGCGAGGGAAGACCUAACUAGGCCCGACACGGCCCCUUAGAAGGACUGACUCCCCUAGCCAAGGAGACUCAUGCAUUUGUUGUUGUUGUGGUGGUGGUGGUGGUUUCUUCUUGGUAAGGGCCUCCAGAUUAUACUUCCCAGCAACUCCUGGGGGGGUUCCUUGGCCAGGUGCAUGCUGGAGGCUUCAUGAAAGCGGCUCUGCAUGUCUGUAGCAGUCGCUCACCGGAUGGGACGACGACUGGCUUUGCGGAAGCGUGGAAUCCAGGGUCCUCGCUGAGGCGGGAAGGAGUCCAACCCAGCGACAAGCUCUAGCGUACAUAGACAACUACGAAACAACUAAGACGGCGGCAGCGGAGUUUUGAACUCCG